AAAGGGUCAUUUCUUCCAACCACAUCCCAACGCCAAACGUCCACCUUUUACUGCAACAAAUCAAUAAUGGCGAAAAUCAAGAAGAAGGGUGAGUGUUACAAUGGCUCGACACUAUAUAAAGGGAUGUGCGGCUAAUAAUUGACAAAAGGAGUCUCCGGCAAUGCCAAAAACUUCAUAACGAGGACGCAAGCCGUUCGGAAGUUGCAGGUUUCGCUGCCGGAUUUUCGGAGACUGUGUAUUUUCAAAGGUGUGCUUGCUCGCUCGCUCAUCCUCGGUGGUGGUGGCGGGUGGAAGGGGGAAAAGAGGGCAAUUGCUGAUGGGUGAAUGGAUGGGAAUCAGGAAUCUAUCCCCGCGAGCCCAGGAAUAAGAAGAAGGCGAAUAAGGGGUCUACUCAGUCAACUACUUUUUAUUACGUAUGUACCUUUUCCCCUCCCGACCCCUCUCCCCCCUCAAUGGCUAAUGCAAAGGUGGGGUACGGUAGACCAAAGACAUCCAAUACCUCCUCCAUGAGCCCGUCCUGCAAAAAUUCCGCGACCACAAAGCAUUUGCAAAGAAGCUCCAGAAGGCCCUCGGCCGCGGCGACUUCUCGGACGCAAAACGUCUGGAAACCACCCAGAAGCCGGUAAUACGACUGGACCACAUUGUGAAGGAGCGCUACCCGACCUUCACCGACGCCCUGCGCGACCUGGACGACGCUCUCUCCAUGAUUCACCUCUUUGCCAGCCUGCCCACCAAUGAAAACCUGCCUCCCGCAACUGUGGCCAAUUGCUCCAGACUCGCGAAGGAGUGGGCGCACUACGUUAUCCGUGCGGGCGCACUGCGAAAGAGCUUCUUGAGCAUCAAGGGGAUUUACUACCAGGCUGAGGUCGGGGGCGGCCAGGAGGUGCUUUGGUUGGUCCCGUACACUUUUGCGCAGAAUGUUCCGGUCGAUGUAGAUUUUCGGAUUAUGCAUACCUUUGUAGAGUUCUAUACUACACUCGUUGGGUUCGUGCUUUUCAGACUGUAUGCCGUUGAGGGACUCGUCUACCCGCCUAGGUUUGAUAAGGAUGCGGAUGAGAAUGCUGGAGGGUUGGGGGCUUUUAAGAUUGAGAGUCGGGGGGUUGCUGGACUUUUGACUUCUGGGGGUGAGGAGAAGCACGGUGAAGAGGCUGGAGAGAAUAAGGAUGUGUCGAAGCAGAUGGCCACCUUGGGUGCUAAGAUUGCUUCCUUGUCGAACGAAGACUCCACCACCUCUGCCAUCAUCGAGCCCGAGCAUGAAGAAGGAACACCCGGUGAAGACCUAAUAAUAGACACCUUCACCCCUGCCGCCGCCUCCUCCGACACGCUCCUGCAACCUACCCUGUUGCAAACGGCCUCAACCUCGACGACCCUCUUCUCAAGCGCCACCUUCUACCUCUCCCGCGAAACCCCCCGCGACCCACUAGAAUUCCUACUGAGAUCUUUCGGCUGCAAGCGCAUCGGUUGGGACACCGUGCUAGGCGCGGGUGCGUACACCGAGAAUCCCAGCAACACAAGUAUAACCCACCAAAUUGUUGACCGGCCCCCCACCUUCCCUCCUCCUCCUUCCGCAGACGACGACAGCGCUCCCAGCGCAAUUGCUACCACCACUACAGGUAGGUUUCCGGGAAGGAUAUACGUCCAGCCACAGUACGUCUGGGACUGCAUUAACGCCGGAAGGCUGCUCCCGCCGGGGGAGUACGCCCCUGGGGCACUGCUACCACCGCACUUGAGCCCAUGGGUCAAGCCCGGUGAGGGAUACGACCCCACUGUUGCACUCCCAGACGUCGAGCACAGCGAAGAGGAAGAAGAGAAAGAAGAGGAGAUAGACUCUGACAACGAUAUGCAAGAAGACCUGGCUUCCGACUCUGAAUCCGAACCCGCCCCUGCCCCUCCUACCACCAUCGCCGCCACCGCCCCCAUCGAAGACGAGUCCUCAGAAGGGGAUGGUGAUGAUGCUGACGAUGAUGACUAUCAACGUGAACUCGCCGCCGAAGCCGCCGGCGCUAAGCCACCCGCCCCUUCUGAACAAGACAAGAAGAAGCAGAAGAAGAAAAAUAGGGCAAAAAUGAGCAGACAACAGCGAGAGGAAGAAGACCAGAAGGAAAUGAAGAAGAUCAUGAUGAGUCGGAGGAAGAGAAAGUUGUACGAGAAGAUGCUUUACUCAAACGCCAAGAAGGAAGGCGAGGUUGAGGGGUUGAAGAGGAAGAGAAGGAAGUUGGAGGGAGGGAGGAGUAAGGGGAAGAAGAGCGGGAGAAGUAGUGAGGAAGUGUAGCGGUGUAGUGAGGGGGUACAGUAGUCUGGUAUCAUCUGAAUAGGUGAAUUCAUGGCGC